GAAUUUUCUAAAUUAUUAGACGUCUGAUAUUCAGCUAUCGUAGAACAUAUUAUAUAUAUUUUAAUUAAGACAAACAUGCUACAUGUCUGCUGUGUUAUCAGAAAUGGAUUUGUCAAUGUUUCCGAACGAGCCGAGUGAAGAGAUUGACAUUGACAUUGAAAAGAGGCAGACAAGACAAGGGGCAAAUAUGCAAUGGUUGGCUAGGCUAGCAUCCUAGCUAACGCUAGUUAAGAAUGCUGGCCACCAGAGCCCUUAGCCUUGUUGGCAAACGUGCCAUUUCCACAUCAAUCUGUGUACGUGGGGGACAUGGUGUUGCCAAGGUAGACGACUACGCUCUCCCAGCCUACUUUGACAGGCGGGAGAACCCCCUCCCAGACGUCCAGUUUGUGACAGAGCUGAGUGCAGUGCAGAAGUCCUUAAAGGAGAAGGAGAAGGGCUCCUGGGCCACACUCUCCAAUGAGGAGAAGAUUGCAUUGUACCGUAUUAGCUUCAAGCAGAGCUUCGCAGAGAUGAACGAGGGCACAAAGGAGUGGAAAUCGGUUAUCGCAGGAAUGUUCUUCUUUAUUGGCAUGACUGGACUGGUUGUCCUAUGGCAGAGGAAGUUUGUGUACGGACCUGUCCCCCCCACCUUUGAGUCAGAAUGGAAAGAGAAGGAGGUACAGAGGAUGCUGGACAUGAGGAUCAACCCGGUGGAGGGCUUCUCAGCCAAAUGGGACUAUGAGAACAAGGAAUGGAAGAAGUAAACCAACCAUCCAGAGGACCACAUUACAUACCAUGACACCUACAAACGUACCAAUUACUUGUCUGUAUUUAUCUAUUGUCCACAUUACCUCAGUCAAUACGUUUUGGAAGGUCUCUUCCUCUUAAGGUCAUCAUGUAUUAUAGAGCAAAAUAAAAGUUCCUAUGUUUACCCAAUA